AAAUAAAGUUAAAUACAUUCCCUUGCCUUCCUCAGCGGCUCCUCGUCCUCGGCUCCUCCCGCUCCCCUCCGCACUGUGUCGAGCCGAGCGUGCCGCUGGCCGACCUUGGCACCUUGCCCGCGCCCGCCCGAGCCCCGACGCUGCCUGAAGCAGCAAGUGACAGCUCCCCUGGGCGAGCCGGUUUACUACCAGCACGGUGAGCUUCGGUCGGGCGGAGCAGACGACAGGCAGCACACCAAGGUAGAUCGACGGGCUCUACACGGACCCGAUCUGCCUCUAUGCUGCAACCUGGAUUUUCUUCUUCCAAUCACCACCACAGCGCAACGCCUGAACGGCCGUCGCUGCCGGCUACGCCAGGUGCUCAGGUCUUAUUCGGCCCCUUCGCCGGCGACGAGCGCCACCAGGAUGCGUCCGAGACUAAGUUGAUGAAGCAGCCUACUUGGGUCUUCUUUGAGAAAGAAUCGGUAACUGACUUAAGAGAACAAAUUCUCCAACUCAUUCAGCAUGAUUGUAAGGAUCAAGAGGAAAAAUCACGGGCAGAGCUACUGGAGAAGCUCAACAGAUGUAAAAGAGAUACACUUAUCGAACUGUGUCGCUCGUUUGAUUUAAUUGGCUCAAGAGCUAAUAGGAAGGAGGAACUUGUAUUGUUUCUGAUGGAAUUCAUUAAGGAUCACUGUUCUGGUAGUGAUGUCAUAAACUCGGAUAAGAAAUACAAGAAAAGAAAGCGUGUCAGAGAAGAGGAAAAUUUGUCUGCUGGUAAACCUUCAAAGAAAAAGAAACGAGAGGGUGAAGAGGAAGCAGAGGAUAGAGUAAAACAUUCUGACUGUGAUUUGCUGGACAACAAAUAUUCAUGUGCUGAUAGUAAGAAUGGAAAAUUCCCAAAUGAACAGACCAACUUUGAGCCUUCUGGGAGGAUAAAUUACUCUGUAUCAGAGAAUUUAGAUGGAGCAUCACUCAGUGAAGCGCCAAUUCCUACAGAUGAGCAAGCAAUAAUAACCACACCACCUACAAAGUUUGUUACAGCUGCUGAGGAUGAUAGUACUGACGUGAAGGCUUUACAAAGGAAAAUGUCUUCUAUUGCCAAGAAAAAAACGACUUCUAAGGAAGAUUGCAAAGUCAAAUUGUGUGGUAAUCGGGAGUCUAAAGGAGACACAAAGCCUCGAAAACAAGUAAUCAAACCAAGUAAAGAUGAGCUGAGGGAAGCUGUCUUUCUUAUCUUGGAUACUGCGGACUUUGCCACUGUGAGAUACACUAUGACCUUUGGCGAUGUUGUAAAAGAAGUCGACAAAUACUUUGGCAAGGAUCUGUUUGAGAGAAAGCCACUAAUAAGGUCGCUUAUAGAAGAGGAGCUCUUUAGGCUAGCAGACGAGGCAGAGAAGAAGGAACUGGAAGAGUCGGAAGCAGCAGAGGCGAAGGCUAGAGCCGAGCAAGCUGCCAAGGAGAUGGCACAAGUUCAAACAGUUGAAUUGGUUAUCAACGAGCAAAAUGUACUUGAAGAUGGUCGAGAUAGCAACACCAAAGACAGUCUAAAGAACGCAAAUGACAGUGCUAACAAGAAAUGUAUCGAUGGUGGGGCUUCUGUGGAGUAUGGUUUCAAUGAAAACAGCUGUUACGCUGCUGAAGGUUCAGAAGAGCACAAAGUUGAUGAUGAUAAUAAAAACAUAACUAAGGAUGGCAAUGGUGGAAAGGUCGCAGUUGCACCCACUGCAAACACUGAUUGUACCUUACAACUACAGGGUUCAAGCAACGUCGAAGCUGAGACGACUAUGAAGAGCAAUGUUGGAACCCUAGAAGCGUCAAAAGAUGGAGAAGUGAGAGAUGCCAGAAAUGGAGAAAACAAUGGCACUGAAGAUGGUGGGAAUGAAGGAAUCAGGAGUGGGAAUGUUGGUAGCAAUGCAGAAGCUGAAGAGUCUCACGGUCAUGGAAAUAAUGAACGCGCAGAACAUACCGAAGAUGACAAGGCUCAGGAAUGUAGCCACAAUGAGAACAGUGCAAGUGUAGGAAUCCUUGGCGAUGGAGACGGUGAAGCUAGAGAAGGCGAUAUAAAUGCGGAAGCGGAACAAAGUCAAGCAGACGGUGGCGGCAAUAGUAAAGCGGAAGAUGCUGAGCACAAUGAAAACACCAAAACUGACGCCAAUUCAAGCAAGAAUGGUACUACUGCUGCUGGGAAUGGAAAGACCGAUGUUGACGUGAAGGGCGCAACAGCGAUGGCGCAGCUGAAGGAAGCCCUGUGUGAUGAGAUGGAUGUAGAUUGCAAGGGAGGUGGAGUAGGACCCCGGUUAUGUAGAUCGUAGAAGUUGAUUUAGGAUCCCCAGUUGAGAGAUUAUCAGUGACGCUUUAACUCUUGUAUUUGUAUGAUAGCUUAUGCGUAGCUUAGAUUUGAUGUGUAUAGCACUGGACUACUGGAGAUCUGGAAUACGGGAAUCCAAACAUUACCUUGUGGAAAUUGAGCUUUAUUGGGGGUUGGUAUUGUAUGUUU